AUGAUUGCAGUGAUAGACACGGGGUGCCUCAUAGAAAAACAGAUACCAACCGACAAGGUGAUCAGAGGAUAUGUCACGGAGUCUGUUGUGAAUGAGCUCCAGACUGCAGAAUCCAGAGGAUAUCUCGAGUUUUUCUCCUUCAUGAUAAAGGUUCGGAAUCCUUCUGGAGAGUAUGUGGAGAGGGUUAGAAAGGAUCUUAGGGGGAAGGCAAGCAAUUUAAGUGACACAGACAUCGAUGUUGUGGCAUUGACAUUAGAACUGAAAGAUGAGGUCUCUGGGAUGUGGAUUGGUCCCGGAAGCCCGGAGCAGGAGGAGGUUUUAUGUCUUACAAACGACAACGAGAUAAAGAAUGUUCUGUCCCAUUACAACUUGUAUGAAGGCCCUGGGUUUUCUGUUCGGAAGCAUAAGAUCAGAUGCUAUGGAUGCUUCAGUAUCUUCACUGAGAAUCUAGACUUCUGCAAGAGAUGCGGCCAUCGGACAUUGACAAGGAUAACGGUUGCAGAUACAGAAGAUGGAGAGACGGUGUUCUUCAAGAGAGGGUACCAGUACAGGAAACCCAGGGUGUUGAAGAACAGCAAAGGUGUCGAGCUUCGCAGCGCCGACCAAAGAGAGUACGUCCAGCACCAAAAGAUGGUGAAGAGGAAGGUGAAUCGGACUUUCAGAGGAAUGGAUUUUUAA